GGCGACGAUGGGUGACGACGAGCCGCAGCGACUCCAGGCGCACGACGGGCUCUUCCUCACGCAGCAAGAGAUCCUGCUCCAGAAGCUGUACGAUGACAUCGCCAAGCUGCACACGUCGGCGGAUACGUCGGCGCACAACGAGCCGCUGACCGUGGCCACGCCGCUCGCGCCGGCGACGCCGCAUGCGCCAACGAGCGUGAGCCCCGGCGUGCACUCGAACCUCUCGGCCAUCGAGCGCGUCAAGGCCGUCAUGGCCGCCAAAGCCAAGCAGCAGACGAGCCAGAUGAGCAAGGCUGCGCUGAAAACGGCGCCCGUAAAGCGUACGAACCCGCUGGCCGACCUCUUGAAGCCGUCCGCGUCGGGCGCGGCCGCACCUCUGAAGCGGGCACGCAUGGCGGCGCCGCCUGCGGCCGAGCCAGGAAACGUCAUCAACACGGUCACGGGCGAGAUGCGGCUCGGGAACGGCCGCGGCAUUCAGCUGCCGCCCGAGAGCUUUCUGCGCACCGACGAGUGGGCGUCGCACCGCGACGAGCCGUUGGCGGUGACGCUGCCCGCAGUCGUCUUCCGCACCAACAACACGCUGGUCGUCAACGGUACGAUUCCAUCGUCGUCGUGUCGCUUCGUCCUCAACCUCGCGACGACCGACGGCACGAUCGUGUGCCAUCUGAACCCGCGCAAGAUGCGUGGCGGCCAGAUCCUCCUCAACAGCUUUGUGGAAGGCCGCUGGGGCACGGCGCACAUCGUCCAACGGUGCCCACUCAUCUUCGGGAGUCCGACGCCGUUCCGCUUCAUGCUACGCAUCACGAUCACACCUUCCGGCUUUGCGCUCUUUGUCGACGAGGUCUUCGUCGACGAGUUCAAGCACCAGAUCCCGCUCCGCGAAGGCGACGACCUCGUGCUCAACGUGCCGACCAAGGACGAGUACGGCAACCCCGAAGUCGUCGUCUUGCACAACGUGUGGUGGGGCCACACGGACAUGGCCGCGACGCCCGCCCGUCCGCCGCCGCGGUACAACAUGCCAGGCCCCGACAUGCGCAUGCCGCACAACAACCAGUUUGACGUGUACGUGGGCAACCUCCCGAGCGAAGCCAACCGGUCGGACCUCGCGCGGCUCUUCGCGGACUUCACGUACGACUACAUCCGCAUCACGCAGCGCGGCUUUGGCUUCGUCGCGCUCAAGAACGCUGCGGACGUCGACCGCGCAGUGCGCGACCUCGACGGCGUCGUGCUCCCGGGCUUCACCGCGCACCUCAAGAUCUCGGCCGCCUUGACGAAACGCACGUAGAGAGAGUCCUUUAACUUAACCAUAUUCGCUUGGCC